AUCAUGUUUGGUAGGCAGCGAGUGUUGGGGAGUCUCAUACAAAGACCGCAUCUUUAGUGUUUGUUACGGUUUGGUCAUUUAUAUCACCGGGAUUAUAUCUGUCCUCCGCGACAAGAGACGCUACUGGUUUGUCCGAAAGCAGCUAAUUGUGUUUUCGCAUCCGCUGUUGCUAGCUAGUGUGAAGUGGUUAGCUGGACGGCGUUAACGUUGAUGGGAGCUAACGUUUACGUCAGGUUGGAAUCGAAAAUCAUCAGCGGUUUUGUUUGACGGCAAUUCAGUGAUUACAGGAGCUCCAAGCGGCAAUAUUUGCAGUCCUGCAGGGCUCACCGGGGAACCAUGAAAGAGAAGUGGCUGAAGGCUAACGUUAUAUAGCUAGCUGUAUGGUUAGUGUGUGCUGUCCUCGGUGCCACGGUGCCGUGUAGCUGUCCACGUCUAGUCUGUCUGCUGUGUUUAACGUUGCCAGCUGAGCUAGGCCACGUCCCUGCGGGCGUAUUUCACUGACAUUGGACGAGUUGCAGAGAAGAUGCCUAGUGUGCGGAAGGAGGACGGAGAGUAAAGAUCAGUCAGAAAUGUGAAAAGUCUUGAACAUUCAUGACUGUCUGCCCGUGUAGUGUUUGCAUUUUCGAGCGGUUGUCGCAUAUACGCGGCAUGUCACGUAGACGGAUGUGUUUUACAGCGGGAGAAUACUCUCAUUGAGCUUUGUAGGUUGCAGUAACAACCUUAAGUCAAGAUACACUUUGUUUUUGAGAUGGUCGGGUUUGGUGCAAACCGACGGGGAGGCCGCCUCCCGUCCUUCAUCCUCAUCUUCUUGAUGGUGAUCAUCGCCAUACUGUCUUUCAACUACUGGACAGUGUCCAACAGGCACGGGCGCUUGCUGGAUGAGCUGGCGGAGGUGCAGACGCAGGUGAAGCGCACGGACGCGGCGCGGAACCGGUUGGAGAAGCGGAACUCGGAGCUAAUGGUGCAGGUGGACACGCACAGGAAGCAGAUCGACCAGAAGGAUGGAGACUACAGCGUCCUGGAGGGCAAGCUGCAGGCCCGAGAGGCGCUCAUCAAAAAGUGCACUGAUGAUAAGAUGAAGCUGCAGAGUGAUGUCACCGCCCAAAUGACAGAAAUCCAGAGGCUGAAAGAGCAGCUGAAGGAGCUGAAGCAGGAGAUCAUGAAACAGGAAGAGCAGCUAAGAGAAGUGAAGAAAAAUAGCACUACCUUGGAAAGAAAACUGGAAUAUGAAAGUUUACAGUGUGGACGUCAGAUUGCGCAGCUAAAAGACGAGUAUGAAGAAACAAAAAAGACCCUGGAGGAAGAAGCAUCAAAGCUAAGACAGAGUGUCAUGGAUGGCCAAAAGGUUGUAGUGGCAGGUAGACAUGCACAGGGAGCCCCUGGUGCGGAGAUGGUUGGAGAGCGCCAUACAGUGGCCACUCACCGGCAUGACAGCCCAGAUUUAAAAGAAGAGAUGGGUAAGCCCGGCAGUGAUGCUGGCAUGCCUGGUAUUGAAGACAGCGAGGUGGGAAAAAUAGAUGAUGUGCAAUUUGCCUUGAAGAAACCAGCCAUCACUCAGAAGCAUGAUGAGGCCCCUGAUCUGGUUGUAGGAGCUGGUGCUGGACCUGGUGUUGGGGCAGCCGAUGGCCCUGGUCUCCAGGGCCUGUCCCUGGACCAGCCCAGGCUCCAGCAGGACAGAGUGGAGGGCCGAGCAGCGGUGGUUGCGCCUCCAGGCAUCGUGAAACAGGCAGAGAAAACUGUAGUGUUUGAAGAAGACAACAAGGCAGGUAUCAAGGCAGACGAGCUGGGAGAACAACAGAGACAGCUUCGAGCUCCUGAUAAUGUCAGGGGUGACAGCGAACACCUGAAGGGAAUUCCUCUGCCCCCCAACCCGGCCCAGGUGCCCAACCCCAUCCAGCCUCACCGCACCAAAGACCAAGUUCAAGCAGAGCCAGUCCACCACCGCCAGAGCCGGUUCUUUGAUGAGAACGAGUCCCCAGUAGAUCCGCAACACGGCUCUAAGCUAGCGGACUACAAUGGGGAUGAUGGGAACGUGGGUGAGUAUGAGGCCGACAAGCAGGCCGAGCUUGCCUACAAUGAGGAAGAGGAUGGUGAUGGUGGGGAGGAAGACGUUCAAGAUGAUGAUGAUCGGGACAUGCAGGGAGACCGUGCUGUGGAUUAUGGGAAAAGACAUCAAGCCAUUGACAUUCUUUGAAUGGGAACUCGUACAGCUGUAGCUCAUUAAAAUGUUCAGGCCUUCCUCUCAAACCAAGGUCUUUGGUGACAAAUAGUUUGAGCAUCAGUAUGUUUAAGAAUUUAUAGGGUGCAUCCUAAAUGUCAUGGACUAUUUUUAAGAUCAAACAUUGCAACUAAUGAAUUAAUUCUGAAUAACGUAACAUAAUACAAGAAAAAAAAGUCAUGGCAUUGUCCUGAGCUGCUGUUGAUUUGCUAAUGGUUCUAAGUUAUAACAGUAGAGAUGAUAUCCUGUACACUGACUGUUGGGUUUUGUUAUUUGAUAACUGCCUCAGUUCCUAACGGAGUGGUCGUAAAGAGCCCUGUUCACUCACACCUGAACUUCAAGAUCGAAGAUGUGUUUUGUUUUUGCUACUCUCCUUUACAGGUUGCUGUUGCUUGAUACAAACUCUUCACCUGAGAUGUUUAUCAAAGAGACUAAUUCGGCAUUCUGCCUUUCUAACAAUUUUGGGACUUGUACAUGGAACACCGUUUUUUUCGUUUACAGGAGUGGAAAUGCAUUACAGAUGCCAAGGACUUUACUUAUAUGGCCUAUUAAAUCCAUUUCUUUUCUUUGUGA